UUGGUACAAUGCGUUGCCACCCCUCUUAAUUAUUGGUCGAUAUUAAAACACGAGGAGCCCCGAUACGAUCCUCGGCUAAAUUCGUUUCGACGCCGUGUAGCACCUAGCCGUAGGUAUAUUAUUGUGUGGCUUGCUUUCCUCUGCAUCGCGGGAGAAAAUUCACUGACUUCAAGAAAAUGGCAGACAUCAGCAAGGAAGAACUUGAAAAAGAGAUCGCAAAGAUCCUUGAAAAUGCGAACCUGGCCAACACAUCAUCCAAGAAGGUGCGUCAGAAGCUAGAGAAGAGCUUCGACUGUGACCUGAGUGAGAAGAGGAAGCUGAUUGACCAGCUGGUCAUGGACUAUGUUAAUAGCAAGGAAGAUGAUGGCUCCGCAGAGGAGGAGGAGGAAGAAGAAGAAGUGGAAAAGAAGCCCGCAAAGCGAGCACCGCCCAAGGCCAAGAAACGCAAGGAGACCUCUGAAGAUGACGGCUCUGGCAGCGACUCUGAUGAGAAACCAGCGCCAAAGAAGAAGGGCCGCAAGAAGAAGGGAUCCGAUGAUGAUGAUGACUGGGGCAAGAAGAAAGAGAAGGUGCCUAAGGCUAAGAAGGCUGGAGGUCGCGGUAAAGGCGGCGGUUACACCCGCGCCUACAAACUGUCCCCGGCGCUCGCUGAUCUCAUGGGGGAAGACGAAAUGCCACGACAUGAAGUAGUGAAACGGGUCUGGGCCAUGAUCAAAGAGAAGAAUCUGUAUGACCCUAAUAACAAGCAGUUUGCCAUCUGCGAUGACGCUUUGUACAAGGUAAUCGGAACGAAACGCUUCAGAACUUUUGGUAUGAUGAAAUAUUUGAAGACGCACUUCUUGGAUGAGUAAUGUAAGUUAACUAAAUGUAUCUAUUAAGGAUAACUCACACUCAUCAACAAUUUUCAACCUUUUCACUCUGUCGAGUGAUAAAAUUCAGUUUAUGUCCCUAUAACGAAAGUAAAAAUAAAAUAAAGGCCAGUAUAAUUCACUAAUUAUAAACUUGUAUUGGAGGUUUUACAUACAGUCAAAAAUAAUACGCAUACGACGCUUCCAAAAUGAUCUGCACAAACUCUAUUUUUCCAAAGAUUGAUGCUUGUGCAGAUAUUUUUGAUCGUGUCUGAUGACUAUUUAAAAGUAGUUUUUUUUAAUGGACGAGUGUGUUGUUCCUUGUUGGCAUAAAUGAUUCCUAAAAAUGCCAUUAAGUCAUUUAGUUCUUUAUGCAUUUAUCAUGUAAUUUGAUAAAUAUAAUGUCGCGUUUACAAUGAUCCAAAAAUCAAUUUAAAAAAAUUUGCGUAUCAAUGUGACGCGCCCUUAGAUUUAUUUGACAUUUGCCAAAUGUCAUUGUUGCUUGUGUUUAACUUUUUGACAGCUAAGUUUAAUUUUAAUUAUAAGUUAAUCCAUUAAAGAAAUUGCAGACGUAAAAGCAUUGUUGUGAAUUUGUUUCAAAUAGAAAAAAUUAUAGUUUGUGCCAUCCACAAAGACGCGCCCCACUAUUUCUUGAUUUAAAGGAGGGGAUUGGUUUUAGACAAGAGCGGUUAGCUGCAAUGAGUAUUAUAAUCACUACGUUUUCUCCAUUUUCAAGUCCUAUUAGUUGUAAAUUGUUGAGCAAUACACUUUUUGUUGGCCGCGACACUCGUGAAAUCUAGUGUCAAGUAGCGGUACUGAUAAAUCCGCUACUACGCUAGAUGUCGACUACGAAAAUAAGCAGUAUUUUGGUUACAAGAAUGUCAAUGGGAUUAGCCGUCUAUGUAUUAUUAGUCUAAUUAUGCUACAACACGCUUUGCCACGGUUACAGACAGCCAUACAAAAAUAUGUAUAUGCUACAAUGAAAUCACUAAUAUUUUACAAAAAGAUCCCCAGGGUAAGGCAGUCGGUGAGAAACACAUCCCUUUAUUCUGUAAUAGGAAACAUCAGUGCAAUAAUGUAUCUAUGCCAAACUGAGGCCCUCACCAACAAGAGUGUGAAACUGGCUGAAGUUUUAGCUAUAUGCUACAAUGAAAUCACUAUUUUUUUACAAAAAGAUCCCCAGAGAAAGGCACUCACUGAGAAACAAUCCUUUAAUUACUUCUGUAAUAGGAAACAUCAGUGCAAUAAUGGAUCUAUGCAAAACAGGGGCCCUCACCGACAAGAGUGUGAAACAGGCUGAAGUUUUAGUUCUAAAUAUUGUCAGUUUUAGGAACAAAACGUUAGAAGAAAUUAAAUCACAGGAGUUAAUCAAUAGGCAGUCUGUGUGAAACACAUUCCUUCAAUUACUUCUGUAAUAGGAAACAACAGUGCAAUAAUGGAUAUAUGCAAAACAGGGGCCCUCACUGACAAGAAUGUGAAACAGGCUGAAGUUUUAGCUCUAAAUAUUGUAAAUUCUAGGAAGAAAAUAUUAGAUGAAUUUGAAGUAAUCAAAAAACGAGUAAAUCAAAAAGCAAGAGAUAGAGGCACGGCAACAAGAAAUGACAAGGCAGAAGCAGUUAGAAGGAAAAAGAGAACAACAAGCUAAAGCAGCAGAGAUUGCUCAAAUUGAGAAAAGUUUAACUGAACAACUUAAAAAAUCACAACCAAUGUUUUAUUCCCAAACCAACUACAAUAACUUACAAAAGUGAAAAAAGCUUUUUAGAUCAAUAUGAAGAUAUACUUGAAAUUGUAAAAAAGUUCAGAUUCGACUGGCAAAAAGCUGUAAACACUCCAGUCAAUGCAAUAUCUUCUGUAAG